GAGACCGGUGUGAGAAAAUGCUAGUAUAUUUAUAGCAAAUCCAAAUAGCAAAUGAAUUCGAUUAAGUAGAAUAGAAACCGCAGAAGCAAGCAAUUGAUUAAUUAAUGGGUGGCUCGAAGCAUUUUGUUCUGGUUCAUGGUGCUGGUCAUGGAGCAUGGUGUUGGUACAAACUGCUGGCGUUGCUGAAAUCUGCAGGUUACCGAGUGACAGCACUAGAUCUGGGAGCCAGUGGCGUCAACCCAAAGAAGCUGGAUCAGAUUGCGUCGGUUUUCGAAUACGUGCUACCUCUGAUGAACUUCAUGGCCGCUCUCCCUGAAGAAGAAAGGGUGAUCCUUGUGGGUCACAGUCUCGGCGGCAUAGCUAUUUCCCUAGCCAUGGAGAGCUUCUCCCGGAAGAUUUCCGUCGCUGUUUUCGCCACCGCCAUCAUGCCCAACACUGCAUCUCCUCCUGCAGCCAUUCUACAAGAGUUAUUUGGAAGAACGCCACCGGAAUCUUUAUCGGGAAUAAAUUUUACUCUGGGUCCUCGGCCGGAGAGCCUUAUUCCGACUUCAAUAACAUUUGGCCCGGAGUAUUUGGCACCGAGAAUGUAUAACUGCUGCCAGCCGGAGGAUGUUACGCUGGGUACAUUGCUGGUGAGACCGGCGGCUUUGUUCGGAGAAGAUUUAUGGAAUGAAGACACAGCAUUGUUAUCGGAGGAGAGGUAUGGAUCGGUGAGGAGGGUUUUUGUGGUAUGUGAUGGAGAUAAAGUGAUGGACGAAAGCUUCCAGUGGUGGAUGAUAGAUAAUUAUCCAACCAAAGAGGUGAAAGUGAUUAGGGGUUCUGAUCAUAUGGUUAUGCUCUCAAAGCCUCUUGAGUUUUACUUUUGUUUACAGGAGAUAGCUGACAAGUAUUAGGAACUUUCUCCAACACUUUUAUUCCAAUUUCCAACUAUGACAGGUGUUGUAUCUUAUUCAUACUACACUGUUGGUACUGUAGGUGAUGUGACUAUUUAUCAAAAAAAGGAAAUAUCUAUGAUGCCAUACUUGAAAAGCAUUUCAUCAA